AGCAACAGUUUGUUUAGGUCCUGUGGCCGGGCUGCAGCUCAUUCAACCGCUGAUCUCUGAAAGCGCAAAGUUUCCGCUUCAACUACAGCCAUAAAAUCUGACAGUGCAAUGUCUCGAGCGAUAGAACCAGCUCAUACGUUUCUGCCUUCUGAGUGGAAGCAUGCAAACCGUGUGCGUUUCAGGAGUGCUGAAGCUGAGCGGGUGCGCUCAGAGCGACUCACCGCAGAAUGCAAGCGACUGAUAGAGGAGAGUGAGAAGUCUGCGAAACGCAUGCAGCAGGAUGCCAACAAGAGGCUGGAGCAUAGAAUCAAAGACAUUAAGUUCUGGAGGCAAGAGCUGGACCAGAAACUGCAGGAGGUGGUUCAGGAGAUUGAGGUGCUCAACACCUUUAAGAACAGAGUCGAGAGAGCGCUGGAGAGCUGCUCAGAGCCUCUUAAAGCCACUCUAGACUGUCUGGAUGAGAGACAGAAGCGGGUGGCGAUAGACCUGGUGAGUGAUGAGGUGGAGAGGGAGCUGCUGAAGGAGAAGGACGUGAUAGAGGGAGUGAUGACCCUCCUCCAGCGCACUCUGGAGCAGAUAAUUGAGCAGAUUAGACUGAACCGCUCAGCCAAAUAUUACUUGGAAAAAGAUCUGCGAGAUAAAUUUCAGGCAGAGAGCAUUGAUGACUUCUGCUCCAUGCUCACCAGCACUUCAGCCAAUGUUGAGGAGCAGAUUGGAGCGGCACAGUUCACUGCAGGAGGGGCCGCAGUGACCCCAGAGGAGUGGGAGAGCUUCUCCAACAUAAACAUCAGCAAGGCAGAGAAGGAGAGGAACAACUCCGUCUCUCUGAGAGCACUAGUGGAGAGUCUGCUGGAACAGACAGCUGCGGACAUGCGGCAGCAGCACGAUGCAACAGGCACUGCACUGGAGCUGCGCAUACAGGAGACGAGGACUGCCAAAGCCCAACUGGAAGACCAACUCGACAAGUUGCUGGUGGAGAUAGCGAAUCAGGAACAGAACGUGGAGGCUCUGAAAGUGGCCAUUGCUGAUAAAGAGGAGCCGCUGAAAGUGGCCCAGACGCGGCUGUAUGCGCGCAGCCAGCGACCUGGCGUUGAACUCUGCCAUGACCCCGUGCACACUCGCUUGCUGUCUGAAGUGCAGGAGCUCACAGGCCACAUCAUAAGGUUAAAGGAAGGCCUAGCCCAGUCAGAGACGGAGCUCAAAGCCCUGACCCGAAAUCAGCUGGCUCUGGAGGAGGAGAUCCAGGUCAAAUCCCACUCACUCUACAUAGAUGAAGUGAUUUGUUCCCAGCUCCUUCAGCCAAUCACAAUUCACAACUUCUGACAAAUCCUUAGAUGUCAGCUAAUGUUGCUCUAUCAUCAAUAGUGUUUACUCAUUUGUGCACACUUACUGGAAAAAAAAUUGGAAAUAUAUCAUGCAAGAAUGACGCAGAGGUCUGGUAUGCUCUUUGUUUUGUCAUUUUUAUACAACAGGCCAUGUCUGUAGUGAAUUUUAUGCUGUUAUGAUGGUUGGGAAACCUUGACAAAGAGAGGAAAGAAACUUCAUGCUGUGUAAUAACAAUUCGGCUGUGCAACACUGUAAAGUGAUGAUCAGUUGCACACCAGGAUUCCUCAGACUCAAUAUGUUGCAUAUGGUGUGCUGAUAUUAGAGCAUAGGAUCAUUCAUGGCAGAGUAGUCGAGCCCUGAGUCAAUAAACUACCUGUAGCGUGAGAACAGCUCCUCUAGCAUCUCAUCCUCCUCAUGGGUCUCAUAUUUGUUGGGGCAGAGCCGCGCCUGUAGCAUAGCAACACUGAUAUUUUCAGGUCUCUAUUCAAAUAGACAAAGAAAACUUGCUACAUAUGUGUGUGUGGAGAUCCAAUCAUCAGACUCCUUCUGACCUACCAUGGACUAAAUUACACUCUUUCAAGGCUAUAUGCAGUCUUAAUCUAGGUCUAAUCUGCACCUUUGCCCAAAAUGCAGUUAAAAAAAUUCAUACUGCUUCUCUGAGACAAAUUAAUAGAAUGGUGAAAAAUUUAAUUUACACAAUGUUAGUUGACUGCUUAAAUAACCUCUGACCCUGUACGGCAUG